AUGCCUGAUAUAUCUGAUGCAAGAUAUACUAGUAAUGGCAUUGAACAGCAAGGAUUUGUUCAGCAAUCUGAUAUCUUUAUGGAUUCAUAUGUUGUUGAGAUACCUGAAUCAUAUGCUCUUAUAGAUCAGAUUAAUAAUAUUACUCCAUUUGAUAGAUUGCAUAGAGUUUUUGGUGAUGGAUACAGAUUUAAGUAUAUGAAGUGCAUGGUAUGUGUGAGAAAUGGUAAAGUCUCUGUUUAUAAAGUAUCUGCUCCAAAUGUUGCAAUAGCUGAUCCUGCACUAACUGAUAUCUUUGGAGGUCAUUCACAAUCACUAAACUAA